GAACAACUGCAGGAUGCUGGACCCGGCCCGUCAGUGCGAGUUCGACCGCUAUAAGAAGAUCUACGCCGACAUUCUGUACAAAUGGCAGCUGCACAUCCACAGGGCCCAGGUGCUGAAGUACGUGAGCACGGUGCCGGUGGCGCACUCGGGCCUGGAGGUGCGCACCGAGUGCGCCCGCUGCGGCCGCUGCUUCGCCGGCUCCGAGUGUCAGCUGUGCCGGCGCUGCGCCGUCACGUGCAUCAUCUGCCACGUCUCCGUCCGAGGCAUGUCGUCGUUCUGCCUGCUGUGCGGCCACGGCGGCCACCUGCAGCACAUGCUGCAGUGGUUCCGCGACCAGCAGCUCUGCCCCACCGGCUGCGGCUGCCGCUGUCUUACCGGCUUCCAGCAGGCGUUCCAGGAGUGAGCCGUCGGCCGGCGCCGCCGCUGGUCAGCGAAGCUCGGGGGGUCACGUCCGUUAUCACCAUCGGCUGGGAGACGGGUGUGAGGUUGGUCACCCUCCCGGGUCAGCUCGGGGUGAGAAAAGACGGACAUGAAUGCUAUCGUAUGUUGGAGUGCGUUGUCAUGCCAAGUCGGGGAUUGUCUCGUAGCUUCUAGGAGACCCUGUAACGGGGACGAGUGUACUGGCUGGCCGUGUGAUAGCGAGUGAUAAUGAUGACGGCGGUGAUAUGACAUCACGUCACGGAAGACACAUGUGGUGCGUGCCGAUAGCGCGCUUACGAGCGGGCCGCGUCUCGCCGCGGAUAGCACGGCGGGCGCGCACGCGCAGCGUCUGCCCGGCGGCCGGCGCGGAGGUGCGUCACGACCCGCCCGGGCAGGUCGCCGCCGGUGGCCUGUCGCCACGGGCCAAGAUCUCGCCGCCUUGCCAAACACAGCCGCUCGGCGCUUCGCGGCGUCUGGAAGUGCUCACAAACCUCUUCGAGUAGCACUUAGGGGACGGCUUGUACAGGGUGCUGAGACACAAAUUCGUAUCGUCGCCGGAGGGGAGAGGGCGGAGGCGUGCUGGAAGUGGUGCACGCUCGGUACAUUGUGCUGUGGCUGGUGUGUGGGGAGUUCCCGGGGUAUACCGCGUUAUCACAUGUGAUCGUGCCUGUGCACCUUACGUAUUGAAUGUGUCGGAAGACAAUGCCCAGAACCCGUUCUCAGUGACGAGUCCACUGCGAUAGGGAAGUGGCGAAGAGAAUACAAUGAUACUCAGGCACUCGUGUAACGGUCAGUGGGGGUGCAGCGAGAAGAGACAACGAACCAAGAGUUGGCCUCGC